AUGAAGCCUUCGGAUCACACUCUCCUGGUUACUGGAGCCAAUGGCUUUGUCGGCGGCCAUCUCCUCCAACGGGCGCUGAAAAGGGGCUACAACAUCCGUGCUACCAUCCGAUCACAAACAGCACAGGACUUGAUUUUGACGCAGUUUUCCGAGUACAGUUCGCAACUCUCCUUCGCUCUGAUUCCUGGGAUCACUUCACCAGAGUUCUACAAAACCGCGUUCGAUGGCGCGAACAUCACCGGUGUUAUUCAUCUCGCAUCUCCAGUACAUCUUCACCCUGAGGAUAACAUAAGGGACAUGCUUGAACCUGCAAUCAAGGGUGCUGUGUCUAUUGUCCAAGCAGUCUCUCGCUACGCCCCUACAGUCCAACGGAUCGUCAACACGUCCUCUUUUGCUGCUAUGCUCGAUGUGUCGCAAGGAUUUCGCCCUGGAUAUACCUACGACGAAGAUGAUUGGAACCCGAUGACUUACGAAGAGGCCGCUAAAGCUGGGCCGCUUGGCGCAUACUGCGCGAGUAAAGCCCUUGCGGAGAAGGGGAUGUGGGAGUAUAUGAAGAGCGAGCCGAAACCGACAUUCGAUCUGGUGUCAGUCAAUCCAGCUGUCAUCUAUGGUCCCCAUGUGUACCCAAUUCGAGACCUGAACGCUCUCAAUCCGUCUUGUGCCGCGAUAUGGGCUCUUGUCGAUGCACCCUCCAUACCUGCUCCAGAUUAUGCUGCGUACGUUGAUGUGCGAGAUGUGGCAGAUGCUCUGCUACUCGCUUUUGAGACACCGAAGGCGAGGGGGGAGCGGCUGCUUGUAGCGCAGCAUUUCGACUGGCAGUCGGCUGCUGAUGCUGCGCGUAGUGCUCUCCCGGAGACGGCACGAACUCGGAUUCCCAAAGGUGUACCAAUGAAUGACGAGCGUUGGCGGAAUGAGGUCUAUGCAGUUGAUGGGAGCAAAUCACCAAAGAUUCUUGGGUUUCAAUACUUGACCUUGCAAGAUACGAUUGGCGAUUCACUGAAGCAAUAUCUGGAAGUGGAGGAGAAGACUAGACAAGCCAAAGACUGA